AUCCCAGCUGCACUGCCAAGAGCCGAAAUUCCAAAUUUAUGUCAGUCACAACAUUUUUUGAUGAAUGUGGAACCAAGUCGAAGCGCCUGAGUCAGAAUAAAAUGCGAUACAUUAAUACCCUUCGAAGUGAUCCAAAACCAAUAUUUUCUGGUGCACCAGCGACACGAAAGCCACACAAGGUUGACCUCAAGUUUGUUUGUGACAUCACUGGUACAGGGGUAAAUGACAACGAAUACAACUCGAAUAACGGUGUGGAGACCACAAAAUUCACUAACUCUGGUAACAUGAGGACCUACCUUUCUCUGUACAGCGACAGUUCUUACUCCAGAGUUGUAGCAAAUAGAUUCCCCAACGUCUCUUUUACUGACGUGCUAUACUUUGCCGGACAUGCCGAAAACUCAGCCCACCAAUUGGAGAUCGAGAGCUGCCGUGCUUUUGCUAAAGACAAGACAUGCACUAGAUACGAUAAUCCAUAUGUAUUUAUUGACAAUGGGUAAGUUGUAUUUAACGAAAUG